CCUUCUCUUCCCAGCUGGUGGGAGGAGAAGAAUCCUGUCAGUUUGCUCCAACAUGGCGGACACGUGUGGCCAAGUACUUCUGGGGUCUGGAUUAACGGUCCUUUCCCACCCCCUCAUGUACAUCAAAGUUCUAGUUCAGGUUGGCCAUGAACCUCUCCCUCCCUCCCUUGGAAGAAACCUGUUUGGUAGACAAGUGUACCAGCUGCCUGGAUUGUUUGCCUAUGCGAAGCACAUCAUAAAGAUUGAUGGCAAGGCAGGUCUCUUUAAUGGCCUAGCCCCCCGGCUCUGUGCAGGGACCAUCGGCACCCUCGUACACAGCAGAGUCUUGCAGAGAUGCCAGGAUGCAGGCAAAUAUGAGGUGUCUGGAACCAGUCAGAAAGCUGAAGAGGGAUCUUUACAGCAUGUUGUGAAUGAGACAACCAAAGAGAUGAUAGCCCGCUCCUGUGCCACGAUCGUCACGCACCCCUUCCAUGUGAUCACCUUGAGAUGCAUGGUCCAGUUUAUCGGUAGAGAAACCAAGUACAGUGGAGUGUUUGAUUCCAUCGUCACUGUCUACAAGAAUGAAGGAGUUCUGGGAUUCUUUGCGGGCCUUAUUCCUCGUUUGCUGGGUGACGUGCUCUCUCUGUGGAUCUGCAACAUGCUUGCCCACCUCAUCAACACAUACGCCAUUGAUGACUCAAUGAGUCACACAGGAGAAAUAAAGAACUGCUCUCAGGCUGUGACUGGGUUCUUUGCCAGUAUGCUCACAUACCCCUUUGUUUUGGUGUCAAACCUCAUGGCUGUCAAUGACUGCGGGCUGGCUGGCGGUCUCCCUCCCUAUGCUUCUAUAUAUCCAACCUGGGUGGACUGCUGGAGGCACCUGAGCCUAGAGGGAAACAUGAGCAGAGGCAACAGUUUAUUUUUCCGGAAGCUGCCUGUGGGGAAGACGUAUGCAAUCGACCAGAAGAGAUUUUUUUGAAGUCUUGAACUACCUGCAUAGAAUCUAAUUGUAAUUAUAUAAAUUGACAUUGCCUGAAUGGGGGUGGAUCGCUGGCAUCUAAUCCUUUGUAUGCACUUGUUUACUAUACUUUUUUUUUUUUUUUUUUUUUUACCUGUCAUCAAGUAAAGAUAAAACUGCUUUGA